GCACUACAGAUCUAAAUUUCAAUCCGGUUAGUACUUAUGAAUCAUCAGUUCAACGGAAUCAUGACAGAUAUGUUAAAGCCAUUGGUUGAAAAUAUUGGAACAAUGCUAUCUGGCCGAAAACAAUUAGUUAAAGAUGUAAAGUUCAAACAGCAGAGAGAGGAAAACGAUUACAACCGGUUAAUGGAAGAUACUCGAUUGACAGCGAGGCGUAUAUCGGCCGUCGUUAUUGAUUAUGUCGCAGAUGGAUCAGAUAAUAGUUCUACGGAUACAGAAAAAGCCGUGAUCAGAAGUGUAAUGCAGGUAUUAAAGGGCUAUGAACCAACUCUUCAGCAUAUGGCAGAAAAAGUAGAUGUGGAAGAAAGUGAAAUAGAAAAGUCAAUCAAAUCAGUUGCCCAGAAUAUGUUCGAAGAUCACUCCAUCAGCCACGGAAGAUUGGCUACAUUUUUUGCUUUUUGUGGUGUUCUAAGUCGAUAUUACGUAAAUAGUGGAAGGAAAGGACACGUUGAUAGGAUAAAAGAGACUGUAACUGAAUAUACUGAAAAAGAAUUUUGCGAAUGGAUCGUGGAGAAUGGCGGUUGGCAAAAAUUCGAAGAUUACUUCCCCGAUCCUAAUAGCAUUGAAAAAUUUAUAUUCAAGACUGGAAUAUUAUUAUCAGCCAUUAGUUUUGCAACAUUAGCUUUUGCGCAUAUAAUACAUAAGUGAGAGAAGAAAAGGAAAAAGAAGAUUUAAUAUGGUGUUCGUCUCUCAAUGUUUAAAUGCAGGAAAGUUGAGGGGAAAACAUUGGAAAAAAUUAAGGAAACAGACUUUUUCUUUAUGAAACCGGUGGUUAUUAAAGAUAUUCUUUUGUAUAUACAGUAUAACAAGUGUACAGUACUCUUAUAAAUGUUUCUACAAAUAAUACUUUGAAGAUAAUUAGCAUAAGAAAAAUUCAAGUGAGAGAUACAUAACUGAUGAUUAAUUGCUUAAAGAUAAAAAAAAAAAUCAUUCUAUACUUAGUGAUUAAUCUAUUGUUUUUUCAUGAUCUGUAUGGAACUUUUGAAGUUCUUUAUACUCUUUUCUUUUGCAUUUAUAUCUUUACUAGAAAACAAAACAAAAAAGUAAAAAAAAAACAAGAAAAAACUGAAACUAUAUUAUCUUUAAAACAAAUUGUUCAAAGGUUACUAACGUAUCAAUUUCACUACUAAAAUUUACAGGUAAAAAUGUGCUCAUUUUAUCUAUCAUCUCUUCAAAGUAUUUUCAAAAGAAAAAAAAAAAAGAAAAGUCCGAGUCUGUAGAAUUUAAUGUUUUUAUUCGUGUAAAAAAUUGAUAUAUAAAUGAAUUAUUAUAUUUUGUAAUUGAAUUAAAAGAUU